AUGUCUGACGCUGCUGAUACACAAAAGUUGACCACCGCUGGUUUCGAUGCUCGUUUCCCCAACACCAACCAAACCAAGCACUGCUGGCAAAACUAUGUUGAUUACUUCAAGUGUAUCAACGCUCGUGGUGAAGACUUUGCUCCCUGCAAGCAAUUUUAUAGAGCUUAUCAUUCUUUGUGCCCUAACGAAUGGAUUGAAAAGUGGGAUGCUCAAAGAGAAGAAGGCCGCAACCCCUCCAACUUUGAAGUCUAA